CUGGUUGAUUGGACGUCAGUAUCAUUUAAACUCACUCUAGUGACUUGGAUAGUAGCAUCAAAGAAAAAAAGUGUGAUUCUGUGUUGAGAAUGAAAGUGUUUCUUCUUGUGGUGACCACCCUGGUGGUGGCUGCCAACGCCCAGGGCGAGUCCAAACAGUUUAUGUCCCCGAUGCCAAUACCUUCGCCAUCGAUGCCACCUCAACCCUCUCCCGGCACUGGAGGCGGCGGCGGCGGUGGCAAUGGUGGAAACAUCAACAACUGCCCCCUGGACUCGAGAUGUCCCGCGGUGAACCCGGCCACGCCGGUCCUGCUGCCCAACGGUGUUUGCACCCGGUUCCUGAAGUGCCACAAUGGCCGUGCCUGCCAGUACGACUGUCCCCCGGGACUGCACUUCAACCGUGAGAAGCUGGUCUGUGAUUGGCCGGAACAGGCGUGCUGUGACCCGAGCGUACCUUGCCGUCCAGCUGACAACGGCAAUGGCAACGGUAAUGGACAAAUCCCAUCGCCAUCUCCAUCUCUGCCACCGACCUGGAACCCAGCGCCUUCCGCUCCGAUUCCCCAGCCACCGACCUGGAGCCCUUCGCCAUCCGUUCCAGUUCCUCAACCACCAACGAUGGUUCCUCGGCCACCAACCGCUCCAAUUCCCCAACCACCGACAUGGAACCCAGCGCCUUCCGCUCCGAUUCCCCAGCCACCGACCUGGAACCCUUCGCCAUCGGUUCCAAUUCCCCAGCCACCGACGAUGGUUCCUCGGCCACCAACUGCUCCGAUUCCACAGCCACCGACUUGGAACCCAGCGCCUUCCGCUCCGAUUCCCCAGCCACCGACCUGGAUCCCUUCGCCAUCCGUUCCAAUUCCUCAACCACCGACGAUGGUUCCUCGACCACCAACCGCUCCGAUUCCCCAACCACCGACCUGGAACCCAGCGCCUUCCGCUCCGAUUCCCCAGCCACCGACUUGGAACCCAGCGCCUUCCGUGCCAGUUCCCCAGCCACCGACCUGGAACCCUUCUCCACCCGCUCCAGUUCCUCAGCCACCCAGCCUAGUUCCAAUUCCCAACCCACCAACCCUCCCCCUUCCCCAACCACCAACCGCUCCAGUACCUAACCCCCCUUCCAUGCCUCCUUCCAUGCCUCCUUCCAUGCCUCCAUCCAUGUGGGGAUCUGUGUUGAGAAUGAAAGUGUUUCUUCUUGUGGUAACCACCCUAGUGGUGGCUAUCAACGCCCAAAGCGAGUCCAAACAGUUCAUGCCACCGGUACCUUCGCCAUCGAUGCCACUGCCUCCGAUUCCUUCGCCAUCGAUGCCUUUACCACCAAUUCCAUCACCAUCGCUGCCACCAGUACCGGUCCCCUCCCCAUCGAUGCCACCUCAACCCUCUCCCGGCACUGGAGGCGGCGGCAAUGGUGGAACCAUCAACAACUGCCCCCUGGACUCGAGAUGUCCCGCGGUGAACCCGGCCACGCCGGUCCUGCUGCCCAACAGUGUCUGCACGCGGUUCCUGAAGUGCCACAAUGGCCGUGCCUGCCAGUACGACUGUCCCCCGGGACUGCACUUCAACAGUGAGAAACUGGUCUGCGAUUGGCCGGAACAGGCGUGCUGUGACCCGAGCGUACCUUGCCGUCCAGCUGACAACGGAAAUGGACAAAUCCCAUCGCCAUCUCCAUCUCUGCCACCAUCCCUGCCACCAGUCUGGAACCCCUCGCCAUCCGUUCCAAUUCCGCAGCCACCAACCUUGACUCCAAGGCCACCAUCUCCAUCUCCUUCCCCAUCCGUUCCAAUUCCGCAGCCACCAACCUUGACCCCAAGGCCACCAUCUCCUUCCCCGUCCCCAAUCCUUCCACCGAUCCCCUCGCCGUCCGUUCCCCUGCCACCGACCUGGAGCCCCUCUCCGUCCGUUCCGAUUCCACAGCCACCCGGUAGCGUUCUGUGGGGAUAGGUGAUGGUGAUGCAACGAGAUAGGUUUAACACUUUGAUGCAUGUAUU